CGACGGUGCGCUUACACAAUGACAAUUUCCGUCAGUUUGACUUGCGGUUCGUAAGCGCGUAGAACACGCUUUUUGUUUAAAUCUUCAGUUUAAACGACAAAUAUAUAUUCGUAUCAACUAUCGAUCGACGUCGGCUCGGAUAUCACACACGGAAGGAGACGUGUUUUAAGGAUAAGUACAGAGUGUACUUGGUGUGGUGAAACUCUGAAGUUCCAACUCGAGGCCCAGCGGAGAGCUCGAGCGGCGACUCCGAAAAGUUUGUUGUUGUCACGUGACACGAGACGAAUGUGGUGAUAAAAGUUUGUUUUGAUACUAAAACUAGGUGGCGUACUAGAAUUUCUAAACGUAUUGAACGUCGUCAGUCACUACAAUGCCUCAACCAAAGCAUCGAAAAAUUGCUGUGAUAGGAUACAGGUCUGUAGGAAAGUCAUCUCUUACAAUACAGUUUGUGGAAGGACAAUUUGUGGACUCCUAUGACCCCACCAUCGAAAACACCUUUAACAAAAUGGUCUGUGUGAAUGGUCAAGACUUCAAUCUUCAAUUGGUUGAUACAGCUGGACAAGAUGAGUACUCAAUUUUUCCACAAUCCCACUCAAUGGAUAUCCAUGGAUAUGUCCUUGUCUAUUCAGUGACCUCCAUAAAAAGUUUUGAAGUUGUGAAGGCUCUACAUGAUAAGCUGCUAGACAUGGUUGGGAAGAUCCAGGUUCCUACUGUCCUUGUUGGGAAUAAAAAAGACCUUCACAUGGAAAGGGUUAUCAAGCCAGACGAGGGAAAGAAACUUGCUGAUUCCUGGGGUGCUGCUUUUAUCGAGUCCUCAGCCAAGGAGAAUGAGACUGCCGUGGAGGUUUUCAAACGAAUUAUUUUGGAGAUGGAAAAAGCAGAUGGAAAUGCACCCCAAGAGGAGAAGAAGUGUGCUGUGAUGUAAAUGCAUAUCCAGGACAUCAGUAAGCUCAUUUGCUGGAGACAGUAGGCACAGUGUCACCAGCAUGCCAAUCGUGACCCGACGGACACCCAGAUGCUGCAGUGGAAACUUUCUGCUCCACUCUGAUAGCAGAUUUAUUUACAUAGAAAGGCCUCUUCCCAGGCAGUUGAUAAACUAUGUCAUUAAGUAUAACUAUAUGGAAAAGUUUCUAAGACAGGGAAUCAUCUUUGUUUAAGAGUCACACCUCUGAUUAACAUUUUCUUGAAAUAUUAAUGUCAACUAUGACAAAACAUAUUCAUCAUUUUGGUUUUAUACCAAAUGCUCAAAAAAUAGUUUGAAAAACACAUUUGUCCAAAUGAAUUGUAUUAAAUCUUUCAUUAUUAUGUUAGUAACCAGAUGUAAAUCCUAAAGUUGAAGAUAUCAGGGGCUUAUAGCUAAUAUACAUUGAGGACUGGUGUAUUAUUUCAGCGGGUCAUUUUUUUGACAGUGAUGAAAAGUCAUAGUCCACAUUGAUUCAAAUGUGGAGUUAAAAUGACAUCAAUCUGUUUCUCACAAAUGGUGAAUUGUAUUUAACACUAGAUUGAGAUUUCAUAUGAGAAAUUUCACUGUUGGCUCACAGGUAUUUUCACUGUCAUUUUAUAUCAACUCUUCAGGUAACUUACUUAUGAGUUCCUGAGCCGUUAUUCCAUGAGGGAGAAAAUGGACCAUAUGUGUAUUUAAUGCAUUAGCACAUUUUCUUUGUGCUGCUUCCUUAGCUAAGCAGAUUAGUGUUCUCACAUCACUUCCGCAGUUCAUUUUCUCCUCAUUGAUUGUAUAAAGCUGUUAUAGACAAAUCCUUUAGACAAAUUCAGUAUAGAUUGGAAUAUAUAUUUUGUAUUUACUAAUUAUGCCCUUUAUAUACAACAUAAAUAGACUCUUAAUUGGUUUGAAAAUUCUUGGUAUAUCUUGAAUGACACUGGUUUUCACCCCCUUCAAUACUAUUAGUAGAGACUGCAAUCACUAGUGCAUAGUAACUAUGUUACAAUUCAUUAAAUUGCAUUUUAACAUUUAAAAUGCCAAAUUAAUUGCCUUCAGGCCACUUUAGUAGAUUAAUAAUAUGUGAAUUUUUGGUUUUGAUUGGUUGGUUCUUGUAGACAUGCAGCCCAUUAAACUCUCAUUGUGGACUUGAAUUGUCACUGUCAGAUACAUAAGAUCCUUUUUCACUUGUUUUUCUUAGUGCCUAUAGCCUUACAAACAGAUGAUAGCCUGAAUUUUCCCUUAUAAUUCCCAUUCUACCUCUAGUGGGUAACUGUACCUUUUUUUAUUAUUAAGUGCUUUGCUGGAUAAGUAGUUGAUUGAUGGAUGAUUGAUGAUGGUUGAAUAGAAGCUGGUGAUGCUGUGUCUUGUGCCUUACAGUUCUUCAGACUUCCUUAUCUGCUUUCCUUCAUCACUCAAGGUGCUCUUAAAGUUUUUUUUUUUUUUUUCCCCCCUUCUGUUUACUUGAUCCCACAGGCAGAGCUGGUGUUUUGCACCUGAACACCAAAAUUCUUGUGUAGAUCAAUGUUAAUUCAGAAAUCUUGCUGUAAACAGUUUUGUAUAUAAAUAAAUCUGUUACUCAUUUGA